AGAAAAUCAGGUCUAUAGGAGGAACUUUGCUCCAGGCUAACACACUCAUACCAUUAGGCCGAUGUUUUGUUAUAUGUUAAAAGCUUGUAAGUGGAGUGGACAGGCGGCGCUGGGUUAAUUGCAGUGUGCAGACUGUAUUUUUAGCACAUUUGCCACAAGCAGGCGGAGCUAAGGAGGCUGAGAUGGAAGGAUGCUGCUGAAUAGCAGGUGGAGUCCGCGGAUGUUUACGGGAUGCACUUUGCCGAGGGAGUAACACGGGGAGCUGGGUAGGAGACCUCUGCUGUUGUGAAGUCUGAAUUCCACUCUGGGGACGGUUUUGUAUUUAGUUUUAAUCGGAGAGGACACGGAUCUGAGCUCCGCCGCUCGGUAGACUGAACAGGCUGCGAAAGGCUCCGUCUGUGUCUGUCGUGUCGCUGGAGGUUGCGACGAUGUGAUGCUCCAUCGCUGGGUCGACGGCCGAGGCCUUUUUCCCUGAAACCUGAUAUUAUGCAGGGAACAAGGGGGAGUGGACGGAUUCAAGGGGAACAAAGCACCGGUUUAGAAAACGUUUUGCAAACUGGCAGUAUUAGCCAACUAUGGUUGACCCCUCGGAGGCUGAGGAGCAGAAUAAGUGUAAAGGUCCACAGCUCGACACGCCAGCCGUGGCCACCGAAGACCCUCGACUGCCAGAACAAGCAGAUGACACGACUACAGAGGAGGAUGGGGAUGCCGGUUUUGAGACACCACCCACUGGCAGUUCUGAGCCGAGCCCCUGCCACGCUGCAUCCCCGGCGGGGACAGACGCUGCCUCUCAGGGGGCAGCACCUCAGCAACCACAGACUCAGACGGAUGCGUUGCCCAAGAUGCACCUGGACCUGUACAACUUUGACUCACCGGCUGCAGAGGGCAGCCGCUAUGUCCUAACAAGCCCCCGCUCUCUGGAGGCGUGCGCUCGAUGUGGGGUCAAACCUGUGGAGCUGCUGCCCCGCCCACUCACCGACUUCGCCCGGGAGGCCCCCGGACGCUCCAUGCGUGUCGCCACAGGGCUGUUUGAAGUCUACGAGAGAGACAGGCACGCCAAACUGAGGCAGUGCAGGGAGGAGAGGGAGAGGAUCGUCAGGGAGGAGAAAAGAAGGAUUCUGCAGGCGACAGUCAACAGCAGCAGCAGCGCAGCACCCUCCUCUGUGGACAAAGCCUCUCCUGGCUCCAGUCAGCCUCCUAAAUCUGGGUCAGUGACCUCCAGCUCUGCCCCUGAUGCUUCCACUAGAGCCACGGCAUCAGCUCCAACCUCUAAAACAGGUACAACUCUUUUAUCUAAAGCCCCUGCCUCCACACUCAGUACCUCUCCUAAAUCUCCCCAGUCAUCAAAAACUGGUUCUGCAACCUCUACACCAUCUUCUAAAGGUGGUUUCCAAGGGUUUGUAAAGCAUCCUUUGUCCUCAUCGACUGAACAAGUAAAAACCACAAGGCCUCUCUCGUCUGGCCCUCCGCCAGUAGUCAGGAAGUCCUCCGGUGGUAAAUCUUCAAACACUUUCCCCAGAUCGACGCCAAAACCGCCCUCCUUCCCCAGAGCCAACUCCACAUUAGCAUCAUCAGCGUCAAAGCCUGCCGUUCAGAGCGCUGGGACUCCUCUUAACGGUGUGACAGGAGGACCGUUCUCUCAGCACAAUGGACAUCUUGGAUUUCACUCCAAGGUGAGAGGAAAAAGCCAUUCGCUGGAGUCUUUACAGCGAAGGAUGGAUCCCGUCUGCUCUUCCACCUCCACCACCACCACUACCACUACCUGCACCUCGUCAGAGUCAGGUGCUUCCUCCUCUUACAGUUGGGAUGGUGUUCGAGAUCACUGGGCCAAAGUCUCCAGCCCCCGAGCUCGCACUCUGGCUACUUUCAACUCUCUGAUGGGCCGCAGCCUCAGCCUCGGUGACCUCAGCCACUCGCCUCAGACGACGCAGAAGGUGGAGCGUAUAGUGAAGGAGGUGAAACGUCGAGGCCUGAAGGCCGUGUCUGAGCGCGACCGCAAAAUUGCAGCGCUGAUGCUCGCGAGAUAUCAGGAGGAAGACAUCAUGAGUCAGACCCGCUACGUGGCUCAUCUUCAGUGGGACAGUGAGCGCAGGAUGGAGGAGCUGCGGCGAGAGCAGGAGGAGAGGGAGAAGCAGCGUGCGGUGCUUCAGUGCCAGCGAGUGUGGCAGACACAAGUGUCAAUACGUCAGCGCAGACUGAGCCAGCAGGAGCGAGAAUCAGCAGCUGCCAAGAUGCGACAGGCUGAGGAGAACGAGGAGCGAUGGAGAGAGCUCGCAGAGCAGCAGGAGCGCAGCCGCCUGCUGAGGUUACAGCAGGCAGCACGGGAGGAGAAGCAUAAGAAAUCACUUCAGGAGCAGAACCUGAAGGCCCUGGAGGAGGAGAGGGCGGCCAUGCUGGAGCAGGAGAGGCUGCUGCUGAAGGAGAAGCUCACCAUGGCUGAGCUGAAGAGGCAAGAGAGGGAGCACCAAACACAGGAGGAGAGACGGGGUCUGAACAAAGCAGAGAAGAGACGUCACGCUGCCCUGAUACAGGAAAUUGCUCGCAGAGAGCAGGAGGAGAGGGAGGAGGCCAGGAGGGCAGCAGAGGAGAAGCUCAGCCGCUCCCUGGAGAAUUACGAACAGAUAGUUGAGCGUCGAGGGCAGGAGCUGAAAGAAAAGGCCAAGCGUGAGGAGAAGCAGAUCCAGAAAGCACGCAAGGCUGCAGAGAAGCGUGAGAGGCAGCAGCAGCAGCAGCUGGAGGCUCGCGUGAAGGAGGCCGAGAAACGAGCACAACAGGCGGCUUUGGUGGCCGAGGAGAGGGCCAAAGAGAAAGCUCAGCGGGCCAUCCAGAGCCGACAGGAGAAGGAAAGACUCCAGAGGCUCAACAGGCAGCGCGUGGAGGAGGAGGAGAAGCAGAGGCGCCUGGAGCUGCUCCAGUCCAUCGAGAGGAAGCUGGAGAAGAGCGAGCAGAUCUUCAGAGAGAAGAGGGCAGUGCUGGAGAGCGCUCGCUCCGUGGCCCGAGCGUCUUUUCACGUGCGAGACAAAGUGCGGGAGGAGACCAACAUGCGCACAUUCGAUAAAAUGGCCCUGGAAGCACAGCUGAAAGCCAGCCUGGAUGAGAAAUAAACCCACAGCUGUGUUGUGAACUCUACUUCUGGUCAUGUGCUCGGCUCUUGCCUUCAUUAUGGCCCUCGUCACUCAACUUCCUCUCACAAACAACCACAGUGUUAUUUUUUCCUGACAUAUCUUUACCCAUCAGUUGGUUUGAUUACAUUUCAACCAUUUUUAUCACAUCAAAGCAAACCAAAUCAUUUUGUAUUAUGGAUGUAAUGAGACUACAGACUGUAUCAUGAGCUGUUAUAAAUUAACAGUAAAGCCUGUGUGGGACUUACAGUAGACUUCAUAGUAGAUAAGAGUGUAGAGAGAGCUGCCUUGUGCAGCAACACAACCCCACCACCACUCUCUCUUUGCCCUCUGCUCCAUCUAUCUUAGCUACUGGACUGAAAGCUGUGCGGGAAUGAAAAGAGUCAUUGUUUACCAGGAAGCACAACUCCAUGACAACUGCAGAGGCUUUUAAGGGAGCACUCCUGUAAGGGAAAAUUAAGCAUAAGAAGAAAUCAAAAGCAAAUGGUACUAGGACCCCCCUAAAGCAAAUGAGGGAUCUUUUUGUACACUCAACAGAACACACACACACACACUGUGACACAGCUAGAUAUAGCAUGGAAAUCAAGCCCCCGGGCUGGACACUUGUCUGUACCUAACCGCUGACAGUGCAGCACAGGAGAGCCACGUGUACGAGCCCUGUGCUGAUGAAGCAACGGAGGACGGCGGCUUCUGCAGCAGAGCCAUUCUUCCUCCCAUCUCCUUCAAGGACUCCCUCUGUCUCCCCUCUUCAUGUCAGAUUACUGUAAACAGUGAUGUGCUCUGAGAGACAGCCGCCUCUCGACUCCCCCGCCCUCGAUCUGCUACCAGCACAGCUGCCUAUUGACCGUGCCAAGGUCAACAGGUCGUGGUGAUGAACGGGAGCUGGUGAUGUAACCCACAAUCCUCCCCAACAGAACCUCUCUUCCCACACUGAGCUUUGUGAGUGUAAAACAAACAAGUCUCUCCCCUGAUGGAAAUACAUCCAUAUCAAAGUUUUUGUAUUCACUUUCAACUAGUAACAGUGCCAUCUAUUGUGCUGCUGAGAACGGGAGUUGAGAAAGCUAAACCAGACAUGAACCUACAGCCUUUUACCUGCAUUAAUGAAAUGACAUUUACAAGGUUCAAACACAGCUUUAUUAGCAUCAAGGCAUGUUGUUCAGUCCAUUAUAUGUUCCCUCUUACCUUACCGUGACAUGUGGGCUUCUUUUCUGUAUAAUUUCUGGUGUUAAGUUUACUUAACAUUUGUACAUUAACAUAAUUUGCUUGCUUCUGUGAAUUACAUUGAGUUGCUUCGUCAAGAACAGAUUUUGAGAUGUAGCAAUAAUGAAAUGGUCAAGGUUGAUAUCAGACUCAUCUGUGAGCUCAUUGUCUUCAUCAACCCUCUGUUUAAGAAAAGGACACAACCCGGGCAAACAAUCAAAACCAGAAAAAUAAAGACAAACAUUUUUCAAGA